GAGGUGUGUGUGUCUGUGUGUGUGCGGCAGCGCAGGGCGGCGAGGACAGGAGCCAGCACCGGAGCCAUGUCUCACGUCACUUACAAUAAGAUGUGGGCAGAAGCCCAGGAAGGCCUCAACAAUCUGCUCCAGACAGAGAUAGAAGAUAAGUCUCCAAAACCACUGAAAGAUCGCCCAGUAGUGUUCCAAAUGUUAGCCACUUUCUACAUCAAGUAUGUGCAAAUCUUCCAUAACUUGGAAACUGCCUAUGACCAGAUUGUUCAUCCACAAAAACGGUUAGUGAUUCGGCAAGUCUUGGAAGGAGUGAUGGGCCGUAUCCUGGAGCUGAAAAAUGAAAUGGUCGAGUUGGAGAACUCAGAAUUCCAUUACUUUGAUGAUAUCCUGCAGGAUCAGAAACUGUGCCCUGAGCAUAUAGAAAUCCCUAUCCCAAGGUACUUUAUUAAGGAGAAGCUCAAGGUCCUGAAGGAGAGGGAGAAAAUCCUUGCUCGGAUUUUAGUUAAUGCUGGAUUGCAAGACAUUGAACCGAAGAAACAUAUAAAGGUCAUGACUUUCAAAGAAGCCAUUAGAAUAAUCCAGAUCUCUGAGCGGGCUCGGCAAGGUCGCCUAAGGGCUGAAUUCAUGAAACAAAUCUACCUGGAAGAAAAGAGAGAAAGACAAGCUAGACUCCACAGUGGGAAAAGUCCAAAUCUGGAUGCUUCUGCAGUUUGUAUACAAAAGGUUUGGCGUGGUUAUAUCCAGAAGAAGAGAACUGAGAAAAUUAGAGAAGAGGAAAUGAUAUUUCUGGGAAUGAGCCCACCUCCUCAUUUCCAUAGAAUUAGUGCUUCAUUAAUGCAAGCCCAGAGGGUGGAAGCCACAAGAUGCGAGGUCCAGGAGAAGCAUGACGAAGAAUACAAGAAAGCUCUGGUAGCCAUCAAGAACCGUUUGAGAGAAAUGGAGGGUCCUGAUAUCAAGGAAAGUCUCCAAGAGCAGAUACGCCAAUGGUUCAUUGAGUGCCGGCACAUUACAGGCAAGUUUCCUGACUACCCUGAUGAAGAGGAUGGAGGUUCAAUUGUUAUUUUUUCUCAGAAAACCCCAGAACAGGUUGCUGCUGAACUGGCUGCUAAAGAAGAAGAACUACAGAAAAAAUCCAAAGACAAGGGAAAAAAGGGGAAAAAAGAAAAGGAGAAAAAGAAGAAAGGGAAAGAAAAAGGAAAAGAGAAAAAAGAAAAGAAGGUUAAUGAAGAAGAGGAAGGUUGGAAAAUGGCUCCUAGUAAUUUUCUUCCUAUAAUGGAAGAAGGAAACAACCAGUACAAAGAUGUUUGGCAGCACAGAGAGGAGGGAUGGAAUUUUCAUCAGGAGUAUGACCCAGAACUAGUCAAAGAAGAAAAGCGGAAAGAAGUGAAGGAAGAAAUCAGAGUGCAGGUUGAUGAGCUCAUGAGACAGGAACUGAAGAAUUUAAAACUGGCAGUAGACAGAGAGAAGGACAAGAAGAAAAAAAGUGGAAAGAAGAAAAAGAAAAAAGGAAUGAAGGGUGGAAGGAAGAAAAAAUCUAAGAAAGAGAAAGAUCUAACUCCUGACAGAACCAUCGAUUCUCUCUACAAAGAGCUGGUAGAAGGAGGAUUAUUAAUAAAGCCGAAGACUGUGAAACUCUCCGAUUAUGUUGGCGAGUACAGCUAUCUGGGGACUACACUUCGUCAGGUAGAUAUAGAGCCAAUGCCCUCUCUCACAGAUGUCAGACAGCUAAUAGCACUGUAUGGAAUACUGCCAUUAGGCUCUCAAGUGCUACAUGAGAAGGCUCCACUGGUGAAAGCUCUCCUGCUAGCUGGUCCUGCAGGAGUAGGAAAGAAAAUGCUAGUUCAUGCCCUCUGCACAGAAACAGGAGCCAACCUCUUCAACUUGUCUGCCUCUAACAUUGCAGGAAAAUACCCAGGCAAGAGUGGCUUGCAAAUGCUGCUCAACAUGGUGUUUAAGGUGGCUAAGCAACUGCAGCCUUCAGUCGUGUGGAUUGGAGACACAGAAAAAACGUUUUACAAAAAAGUGCCGAAGGCUGAAAAAGAGAUGGAGCCUAAGCGUUUGAAGAAGAAUCUCCCCAAAAUUCUAAAAAGUUUGAAAGCAGAGGACAGAGUUCUGAUUGUGGGGACCACCACCCGACCCUUUGAUGCUGACCUCAGACCUUUCUGCAAAGUGUAUAAAAAAAUCAUACUGAUCCCCAGGCCAGACUAUGCUUCAAGAUUUGUCUUAUGGAAACACAUCAUUCUGCAGAACGGAGGCUCUCUGUCCAAAUCACCAACCAUUAGUUGCCUGGCAAAAAUGUCUGAUGGUUUCACCCAGGGACACAUUAUCUAUGCAGCGCAAACUGUCCUCACUGAAAGACGCAUCAGGCAGUUGAACAAAAAACCACUAACAGCUGUUGAGCUCAUGGGUGCCCUGGCCAGGCAGGACCCAGUGUACAAAGAGGAAGAAGAUAUGUUCAAGGCUUGGUAUGCCAAGACACCCUUGGGAAAAGCACGAGCCAAAGCACUAAUGGAAGGUGAGGAACCAGGAAAGGCAAAAGGAAAAGGAAAGGAUAAAGGAAAGGAUAAAGGAAAAAAGAAAGGAAAAAAGAAGAAGUGAUUUCCUAGAUGAGAACUCCUCAAGAAACACAUCGACAAAUGUCACCAAUCCAUGUUUCUAAGGAGGAGGUUAAAAAGAGAAAAGAGGUGAAAGCAAGUCCCAAGUAUGUGUGUGACUUCACCGAAUAAUUUAUUUCUAAAAGUGUUCCAGAAAAAAAGUUGCAGUAUGAAAUAACACGCCAGUGUGACUUUUAACUCUCAGGAUAAAGAGUUAAUGACCACUGAAUUUCUCAAGUAUCACUAAUUUUAACAGGUUAAGGUUUUUGGUUUUGUUUUUUUAAUUACUUAAAACUCUAUCAGUCCAUCAAUAUUUAGUCAAAACUCCUCAUUUAUUUCCAUGAGGAAUUCUGUUUAAAAAUUGAUGUCACAUUAAAGUUCUUCAAUUAUUUUAACAAACUGUAUACUUUCUAAAACUAACCCCUUUACAUACUUGUGUGUCUAAUAGAUUAUAAUUCCCAAUAAAACAGUUGAAACUG